GACCAUCCCUUGGCAUAAUAGCAGAGACAGAUAUUAUUGUUCAUCUACAUUGGUUAGCAAUAAUAAUGGCCAUGAAACCCCAAGCCAUCCUUCUUCUCCCUCUUCUAAUACUUUCGUCGAUUAUAUCCUCCCAUGCCGGAGGAAUUGCCAUUUAUUGGGGCCAAAACGGCAACGAAGGAACUUUAGAACAAACGUGUGCAACAGGAAAAUACUCUUACGUGAACAUAGCCUUUCUCUACAAAUUUGGCAAUGGUCAAACCCCAGAAAUCAAUCUUGCUGGUCAUUGCAACCCAGCAACCGGAGGUUGCACCAUUGUCAGUAAUGGCAUAAAAAGUUGCCAAAAGCGAGGAAUAAAAGUAUUUCUUUCUCUUGGCGGUGGCGUCGGAAGUUACACUUUAGCUUCUCAAGCUGAUGCAAGAAAUGUAGCAGAUUAUUUAUGGAAUAACUUUCUGGGUGGAAAAUCGUCUUCACGUCCUUUAGGUGAUGCUAUAUUGGACGGUAUCGAUUUUGACAUAGAGCAGGGUUCGACACUUCAUUGGGAGGAUCUUGCACGUUUUUUAUCUGCAUAUAGUAAAAACGGCAAGAAGGUCUAUUUAGCUGCAGCUCCUCAAUGUCCAUUUCCCGAUAGUAAUUUAGGGACUGCCCUUAAUACCGGUCUUUUUGACUAUGUUUGGGUUCAGUUUUAUAACAAUCCUCCUUGCCAGUAUAGUUCAGGUAAUACUGCUAAUAUUAUUAAUUCUUGGAAUAGAUGGACCGCAUCGAUAAAUGCUGGAAAGAUAUUUCUUGGGUUACCGGCAGCUCCUGAGGCAGCCGGAAGUGGGUAUAUUCCACCGGAUGUGUUGACUUCUCGAAUUCUUCCGGAGAUAAAGAAAUCAGCCAAGUAUGGAGGGAUUAUGCUCUGGUCAAAGUAUUAUGAUGAUAAGAAUGGAUAUAGUUCCUCCGUUCUAAGAAGCGUGUGACGCGCGUAUGGAAAUUACUCCUGCUUUGCUUCGGUCUAAAUUGACGUGGGUCAACUCCAUUUAGCAAUAUGUAUGAAUAACGAAGCAAUAAAAUCAGCAUACGUAUCAUUUUGUU